GGCUCCAAUUCUUGAACACGUACUCUUACAAUGCAUGAGAAGACCAGGCGUGCAUGGGUCCUCUAAACUAUCUGGUCCAAACAACAACCAGUCAGACUGCAUACUUCGAUGGUGACGUGAGGACACACCCUCUCUGAUGAAGGACAACAAGCUGCGCCACUUCACUCCGUCUGAUGGAAGUUAAAGUGAAGCACGGAGCUCCUUUUUUACACAGACUUGCUGAGGACAAAGAGAGCUGCACACUGAGCAAGCUCAUGUUUACAAGUUCAGUUGUGGUGAACAUGUGAAGGUGUGGACCCUGCUAUGAAUCAGGGUGAGGACCGAGAGGAGGGAGUCCCUCCCAAUGAAGCCUCUCUGUGUGGGGAACUUGACAGCCAGACCAAAGCUCAGAGGAUCCAUCAGAGACCAGGACCUGGACCUGGAGCUGGAUCAAGCCCUGAACUCACUUGUGUGUCCUUGAAGAAUAACGGGUCUCUGGAUGCUUCUAUCAUCUUCAAAGACUGUCCCUCUGUUGAAGCAAGUGUUUCUUUCAGUGCACAUCAGCAGAGAGAAAAGUCUCCUGAACCCAUCUGUGUGUCCAUGAAGAGUGAUCAGUCUCAACAUCACCUGGUUAACUUCAAAGAAGACCACCAUUCUAAUGACCCAGAAGAGGAUCAGGAGAGCUCAGAGGUUCCCACAGGUCAGUCAGCCCAGCAGCAUCAAACACACCUGGACUCCAUAUUCAUGCUGCUGGAGGAGAAGAUCCUCACUUUUGUGAAGGACGAGCUGAAGAAGAUCCAGAAGGUUGUGAGUUUAGAUUACCCAGAAUGCUUAGAAAAGCAGAGGGAGGAUGAAGAGCAGCGGAGGAGCAGAGAGGCAUUUGUGGAGAUCUCAGUGCACUUCCUGAGGAGAAUGAAGCAGGAGGAGCUGGCCGACCGUCUGCAGAGAAAACUUCAUGCUCCAAAUUGUCAGCGUGAACUCAAAUCUAACCUGAAGAAGAAGUUUCAGUGUGUGUUUGAGGGGAUCGCUAAAGCAGGAAACACAACCCUUCUGAAUGAGAUCUACACAGAGCUCUACAUCACAGAGGGAGGGACUGCAGAGGUCAAUAAAGAACAUGAGAUCAGACAGAUUGAAAGAACAUCCAGGAAACCAGCCAGACCAGAAUGUAUCAUCAGACAAGAAGACCUCUUUAAAGCCUCAGCUGGAAGAGAGGAACCAAUCAGGACAGUGAUGACUACGGGAGUGGCUGGCAUUGGGAAAACAGUCUUAACACAGAAAUUCACUCUGGACUGGGCUGAAAACAAAGACAACCAGGACAUACAGUUCACAUUUCCAUUCACCUUCAGAGAGCUGAACGUGCUGAGAGAGAAGAAGUACAGCUUGGUGGAACUUAUUCAUCACUUCUUCGGUGAAACCAAAGCAGCAGGAAUCUGCAGGUUUGAAGAGUUCCAGGUUGUGUUCAUCUUUGACGGCCUGGAUGAGUGUCGACUUCCUCUGGACUUUCAAAACAAUGAGAUCCUGUCUGAUGUCACAGAGUCCUCCUCAGUGGACGUGCUCCUCACAAACCUCAUCAGGGGAAAGCUGCUUCCCUCUGCUCGCCUCUGGAUAACCACACGACCUGCAGCAGCCAAUCAGAUCCCUCCUGAGUGUGUUGGCAUGGUGACAGAGGUCAGAGGGUUCACUGACCCCCAGAAGGAGGAGUACUUCAGGAAGAGGUUCAGAGAUGAGGAGCAGGCCAGCAGGAUCAUCUCUCACGUCAAGACCUCACAAAGUCUCCAUAUCAUGUGCCACAUCCCAGUCUUCUGCUGGAUCACUGCUACAGUUCUGGAGGAGGUGUUGAAGACCAGUGAGGGAGGGAAGCUGCCAAAGACCCUGACUGAGAUGUACAUCCACUUCCUGGUGGUUCAAUCCAAAGUGAAGGUCAAGUACGAUGGUGGAGCUGAGACGGAUCCACACUGCAGUCCAGAGAGCAAGAAGAUGAUUGAGUCUCUAGGAAAACUGGCCUUUGAUCAGCUUCUGAAAGGCAACCUGAUCUUCUAUGAAUCCGACCUGACAGAGUGUGGCAUUGAUAUCAGAGCAGCCUCAGUGUACUCAGGAGUGUUCACUCAGAUCUUUAGAGAGGAGAGAGGACUGUUCCAGGACAAGGUGUUCUGCUUCGUUCAUCUGAGUGUUCAGGAGUUUCUGGCUGCUCUUCAUGUCCAUCUCACCUUCAUCAGUUCUGGUGUCAAUCUGCUGCCAAAAGAACAAACCACCGGCUUGUUGUCUAAAGUCUUUAGAGCCAAAUCUAAACCAAAACGUCUCUACCGGAGUGCUGUGGACAAGGCCUUAGAGAGUCCUAAUGGACACCUGGAUUUGUUCCUCCGCUUCCUCCUGGGUCUUUCCCUGGAGACCAAUCAGACUUUCCUACGAGGUCUUCUGACACAAACAGGAGAUUGCUCACAGAACAAUUGGAGAACAGUCAAGUACAUCAAGAAGAAGAUCAAUAAGAAUGUGUCACCGGAGAAAACCAUCAAUCUGUUCCACUGUCUGAAUGAAUUGAAUGAUGGUUCUUUAGUGGAGGAGAUCCAACAGUCCCUUUCUUCAGGACGUCUCUCCACACAUAAACUGUCUCCUGCUCAGUGGUCAGCUUUGGUCUUCAUCUUAUUGUCCUCAGAAAAAGAUCUGGUAGAGUUUGACUUGAAGAAAUACUCAACUUCGGAGAAGGCUCUUCUGAGGCUGCUACCAGUGGUCAAAGCCUCUAACAAAGCUUUACUAAGUGGCUGUAACCUCUCAGAGAGAAGCUGUGUAGCUCUGUCAUCAGUUCUCAGCUCCCAGUCUACUAGUCUAAGAGAGCUGGAUUUGAGUAACAACAAUCUACAGGAUUCAGGAGUAAAGCUGCUGUUAGCUGGACUGGAGAGUCCACACUGUGAACUGGAGACUCUCAGGCUGUCAGGAUGUGGGAUCACAGAGGAAGGCUGGACCUCUCUAGCCUCAGCUCUGAGCUCCAACCCCUCCCAUCUGAGAGAGCUGGACCUGAGCUUUAAUCAUCCAGGAGACUCAGGAAUGAAGCUGCUGUCUGCUGGACUUCAGAAUCCACACUGGAGACUGGAGACUCUCAGGGUGGAGCCUGCUGGAGUCCAUUGGUUCAGACCAGGGGUGAGGAAGUAUUCCUGUGAACUCACACUCGACACGAAUACAGUAAACAGAAAACUCAAACUGUCUGACAACAACAGGAAGUUGACAUACGUGGGAGAUGAGGUUCAGUCAUAUCCUGAUCAUCCAGACAGAUUUGAUUUCUAUCCUCAGCUGCUGUGUAGAACUGGUCUGACUGGUCACUGUUACUGGGAGGUUGAAUGGAGUGGAAACGUUAAUGUAUCAGUGAGUUACAAAGGAAUUGGGAGGAAAGGAAACAGUAACGACUGUAGGUUUGGAUGGAAUUAUCAAUCCUGUAGUCUGAGAUGCUCUGAUGAAGGUUACUAUGUCUGUCACAAUAAGACAGAAACACCCAUCACCUCCUCCUCCUCCUCUGGUAGAGUAGCAGUGUAUGUGGACUGUCCUUCUGGCUCACUGUCCUUCUACAGAGUUUCCUCUGACACACUGAUCCACCUCCACACCUUCUACACCACAUUCACUGAACCUCCUUAUCCUGGGUUUGGCUUCAGGUUCUUGUCCAGUCCUGGUUCCUCAGUGUCUCUGUGUUCUCUGUAGGAGGCAGAGUCUCCUCCUGGUAGAGAAACUUUCUCUUUGCUCACCAGAUAGUUCAGUUUACAGGAUGUCACACAGCUGAUGUUGGUUCAUGUGGAUGUAGAUGCAGGUAGAUCAGGUGAGGGGUACCUGAGCUGGUCUGGACUCUGGGGUCCAGAGCUCUUUUGAACUUGUGGUGUUGCAGAUAGAUAUCUGAAAGAGCUCAGCGAGGUGCGCUCGUUGCCUCUAUGGAUGAAUCAAUAGAUUGACAUUUAGAUAUUGGGUCCUAAUGUAAGAGUGAAAUUGUGUCAUCUUCUAUACACAUAUUUAGGGUUACAAAAUCUGAACACUAGUUGUGCUGUUCGGCGUCUGGAGGUGAGAGGGAAAAGUGAGGGAGAGAAGAAGAAAUGGACAGCGGAGGCACGGGGUUGCUGUGAGAACGUGACUGUGAUAAAAGGUUAUGAAGAAAACCCAGAACGUGUUGAACUGAAUUAUUUCCUGAUCACACACCCAUGUCGCUUACACUAAUUAGGGUAUAAUCUCAAUUUUUAUGUCACAAAGUUAAAGAACAUAUUACCAUAUUAAUCAAUCAAUCAAAUUUUAUUUUUGUGUGACGGUUUGGGUUUGUUUCCUGUUUUAUUUUGUAAUUUUCUGCCUCUUGUGUUCCUGGGUAACGUCACUUGCCGCCUUGUCCUGUCAUCCCCUGUGAUUGUCUGAUUGUUUCCACCUGUGUCCAAUCACCGGCACCUCCCUAGUGUAUUUAAGCCAUGUGUGUCUCUUGUGGUGUCAUUGUUCAUUGUGAAAUCUUCAACGCUGUGAGUUCCUGCGUUUUGCCCCCUUGGCCUUUGACCAUUAAAGUCAUUUGUUUUUGAA